UCAACAUCUUCCCCUCCACAAACCAUCCAAUUUCCCAAUCUCACGCAAGGCGCUGGAACAGUAUCCAAACAAGCAAUUUUCACUCUCCCAUGCUCUCGGCACAUGCAAAUGCCGCUGCAAGCUCUACUACAAGCGUAGGGCCUGAAGCUGACGUGCUCGUCGAUCGACCAAGCUAUUCCUGAUACAUCAAGCUCCCUUAGCUCCCACAGCUUGCUUCCCAGCUAUGGUAUCACGCAAUCCUUAUCGGCUUGUGAGAGGCUGUGUCUAGUUGUACCAGGUAUGGUAGCUAUGGCGAUGAUUGAGAGGCUUGUUGCACCAUCCAGUUGUGUUGCGUUACUCCAAUAUAUUGAUAAGUAAGGUAGGGUGGUUCAGUAUUUCUCUUAUCGUCGAUUGUCCUUUCUUUACUUCCAAACAACUUUGAUAUCAAACUUGGAGCUUCACUUGUCUUUUGCUUCUGCAUCGAAAACAUGGCUCCAUCAGUAGCAGACACCCGAGUAGCCACCGAACCAGCUUCCAAGAAAGCUAAACCCAAUCCCACCUCUGACCCCACUAUCUACGAUAUCCACCAUCAAAAGUUCACCAGCGAUGGCCUCCCCUCUACAGCUUCGGCAUGGAUUGAGCGAGCUCGCCAAGUAAGCGAGAUCUUUGCGCAAGAUGCCGCAGCACGAGAUAUCGAAAACAAAACACCCCGCGCAGAAGUCUCGCUUCUGAAGAGCUCUGGACUUCUAAAAGUCCUUGGGCCAAAAGACAUCGGUGGCGGUGGUCAGGAUUGGGAGGUGGGGUAUAAGGUCAUAAGAGAAGUGGCGAAAGGGGAUGGCAGUUUGGGGAUGUUGUUGGGGUACCAUUUGCUUUGGUCGACUACAGCGAAUGUGGUGGGAACGGAUGAGCAAAAGGAGAGGAUUCAAAAGUUGAUUAUUGAGAAUAAUUAUUUUGUGGGAGGUGCUGUUAACCCAAGAGAUAACGACUUGAACAUUACCGAGGAAGGGGACCAUCUCGUGUUCGAUGGAUUCAAGAAUUUCAAUACUGGUGGUGUUGUCUCUGAUUUGACUGUUCUUGAGGGAGUCUACGCCGGAACAGAGCACCACAUCUUCGCAUUCGUCCCAACCGUUCAACCAGGCAUCGAAUUCGCCCACAACUGGAACAACGUCGGCCUCCGCCUCACCGAAUCCGGCAGCGUCCGUAUCAACAAAAUCCCAGUUCCCUGGACCGACGCCCUCGGCUGGGACACGCAAACCAAACUCCCCAACCCAGCGUACCUCAGCAUUCCCUUCGGCAGCCUCCUCCUCCCCACCAUCCAACUCGUCUUCUCCAACUUCUACCUUGGCAUCGCACAGGGCUCCCUCUCCUUCGCCGCAAAAUAUACCAAGACUAGUACUCGCGCUUGGCCCUUCGGCGGCGACAACAAAGCUUCCGCCACGGAAGAAUUCUACAUCCUUGAGCGCUAUGGGAAUUUCUUCGCACAUUUGCGCGCUGCUGAGACGCUGGUUGAUAGAGCGGGGAAGGAGAUUGCCGAUGUGUAUAGGAAACAUGGUGAGAAGCGGACGGUGAGUGAGCGAGAGAGAGGGGAGGUAGCGGAGUGGGUUGCCAGCGCGAAAAUUGUGACGACUGAUACGGCUUUGAGGGUUACGGCAGGGGUGUUUGAGGUUACAGGUAGUAGGGCGACGGGAAGGAAGGUAGGGUUGGAUAGACUUUGGAGAGAUGUUAGGACGCAUACGCUGCAUGAUCCGGUGGCGUAUAAAAAUAGAGAGGUUGGGGAGUAUGUGCUGUUGGACAAGAUCCCUGAGCCAACUUGGUACACGUGAUUCUCAACACUCAGAUCAGUGCGUGUUUACUUCUUCAAUAUUAGCCGCCCAUAUCAUCCAAUAGUUGUCAUGAAUGGAUAUUAACUCAGAAAAGAACUUGAAUGGUCCCUAUUUCUUCUUAUUCAAAUUAUGAUAUUAGCAACAAAUGUUCAACCUCUCCCCCUGUCGUGAAAAGGCAUCAAAAUGUAGAAUAAAUGGCUGCGGUUCGUAGGCAGUAAAAUGGUAGACAGAGAAGUUUGGGAGAUGUGAAGACCUUGG